GUCUUCCUCCGCAAUGUUCUCCGCCCUCCACACGUAGAACCCGCUCCUCGUACUGUGAACGUGCUUCGACCGUGGUUUAAACUUUGACAGGCUCUCUGUUGACUCCGAGAAUUCGUUUUUUUGUCGUUGAUUAACUUUUGCCGCAGAAGCAGCAAUGUGAAAAAUGACGACUGGAAAGCAAUCUGCGGAAUGACGAGCUUCAGUUCAUAGCGCGCUCCUCCCGGUUUCUCCCCCGUGUUCGUAUUCAAGUGUGUCCUCCUUCAGGUCCAUUGAUCUGCAAGAUGGCUCGCGGCUGCGUCUGCUGCGUCAAGUACAUGCUCUUCCUCUUCAACCUGCUCUUUUGGCUGGGCGGGUGCGGCCUGCUGGGCGUGGGCGUGUGGCUGUCGGUGUCGCAGGGCAACUUCGCCACGCUGUCGCCAUCCUUCCCAUCGCUGUCGGCCGCCAACCUCAUUGUCACGCUGGGCACCGUCGUCAUGGUGACGGGCUUCCUGGGAUGCCUGGGCGCCAUCAAGGAGAACAAGUGCCUCCUGCUUAGUUUUUUCAUUGUCCUGUUGAUCAUCCUGCUGGCCGAGCUCAUCCUCCUCAUCCUCUUCUUCGUCUACACCGACAAGGUGAGCGAAAACGCCCGGCGGGAUCUGAAGGAUGGGCUGGUCCUGUAUAACACGGACGACAACGCCGGCCUGAAAGACGCUUGGAACGCCAUCCAGGGGGAGUGGCACUGCUGCGGUGUGACGAGUUUCAGCGACUGGCAUGCAGCGCUCCAGGUCAACGUUGUUCCCGACAGCUGCUGCCAGCUCGUUCAUUCGGGAUGCGGACACAACGCUUCCAACGCCUUCUGGACGCGGGGCUGCUACGAGAAGGUGGAGGAGUGGCUGGACGACAACAAGCACCUGCUGGGCACCAUCGCCAUGUGCGUGCUGGUCAUUCAGCUCCUCGGCAUGGCCUUUUCCAUGACGCUGUACCAGCAGAUCCACCGCGCCGGGAAGAAAUACCAAGCCUAACUUUCCACUUAGAGAAUGCAGUAUGUACACACCGCAGUAUUUUAGCAUAAGCUGUAACACGUACAGUUAUUACCAUGACUAAUCUGUUUUGUAUCUAAAAUAUUUGUUACAAGUGUUAAGUGUCCUGACAUGUUCAAUUAAAGCACACAGCAGAUGCGGCUUUUUGAUGGACAUCCAAGAUCACUACAGUGAGGUCUUGAAAUAUGCCUGAUUAAAAACCGACAGACAAAU